GAUGAUCCCCAGCACCAGACCCAGUCUUAUCACCGCCAUAGACUAGACCGAGUGAGCGAGAAGCUGCUCACGCAGGUUGCGGACUGGGUCGAGCGUGAAAAGGUCAAGAGAGAGACCAAGAAAUCCCGCAAGGUGCGGCGCAGAUCGCCUCCGGUCGAAAAGGCGCCAGAGAAACCGGUGAGCGAAGUAGCCGCGGCGGAACGCACCCGAGCGCGGGCUGGUUCGAUGGAUUCCGCGUCGAGCGAGGUCUCGCUUGACCGACUCCAGAGAAUCAUUGACGACAGCAUGGCAGCAUUGGGUCUAGACUCCAUCUCGCACCUACACGCGCGCAUAGGGCGAAAACAUCACAAGCGGCACUCAAAGAACCCCAGCAUCAGCCGUAACCCUGUCUCGUCUGACACCGACUUUUUCGACGGUGACGUGAUAGUGCCUGGCUGCGAUGCUUACCUCGACAACUCCAAGGCCAUGAGCUAUUUCGGGGGCCAGGCCUCGCCUACCGCCGACGAGACGGCUUCCAUCUCGGGCCGGAAGGAGGAGCGGGAGAAGCACGCCUGGACGUCGUUCAAGAACGAGAUCAUCCGCAUCGCCCACACGCUCAAGCUCAAGGGCUGGAGGCGGGUGCCACUGGACGGCGGCGAGAUUAUUGCCGUCGAGCGCCUCAGCGGCGCAUUGACGAACGCCGUGUACGUGGUCUCGCCGCCGUCCGAGUCGGUGCUACCCCGCGAAGAGGGCAAGAAGCAGCCUACCAAGGUGCUGUUGAGAAUCUAUGGCCCCCAAGUGGAACAUCUCAUCGACAGAGAGACGGAACUGGGCGUGCUCCGGAGGUUGGCCAGGAAGAAGAUUGGCCCACGGUUGCUGGGCACGUUUCUCAAUGGCCGAUUUGAGCAGUACUUUAACUCUACGACUCUCACUCCGGCGAACCUGAGGGAGCCCGAGACAUCGAAGCAAAUCGCCAAGCGCAUGAGAGAGCUUCACGAUGGCGUCGAGCUUCUCGAAGACGAGAAGGACAAGGGCCCCAAUGUGUGGAGAAACUGGGACAAAUGGCUCAACCAAGCAGAGAAGACGGUCAUGUUCCUCGACAAGCAGAUCGCGUCAAGCUCCCUCGAAACGGCACGCGGCCCAGGGGAUGCUUGGAAGACUCGAGGCUUCGUCUGCGGUGUGGAGUGGCCCGCCUUUAAGGCGCUGGUCGACAAAUACCGCAAGUUCUUGAAUGACAAGUAUGGUGAUGCCAAAGCCAUUCGGGACAAGUUGAUAUUUGCCCACAACGAUACACAAUAUGGUAACAUUUUGCGCAUCCGUCCGGACGACGAAAAGUCGCCCUUUUUGCAGCCGGCCAACGAGCACAAGCAGCUUGUCGUCAUUGACUUUGAGUACGCUGCCGCCAACCUGCCGGGCCUUGAGUUUGCCAAUCACUUUUCCGAGUGGACCUACAACUAUCAUGACCCGGAGCGGCCGCACGCUUGCGACACCAGCAAGUACCCGACCCCGGAGGAGCAACAACGCUUCAUCAAGGCCUACAUCGGCCACCGGCCACGGUACCCUCUCUCGGGCAACUCGUCGACCCCCAACCUAGCUCCAGUGGCAGCCGCCACGCCGCCACUCCACAGCACCGGCUCUACGACGUCGAUCGCGGACUUUAUGCUGGACGCGCGCGUGCCGACAGGUGGGUGGAAGGAGGAGGAGCGCAAGCGCGAAGAAAUCCUCGAGGGGCGGCUCAAAGAGCUGCUCGAAGAGACGAGGCUCUGGCGCGUUGCCAACAGCGCGCAGUGGGUGGCGUGGGGUCUCGUGCAGGCCAAGGUCCCGGGCCUGCAGCUGGUCCCGUCUCCGGAGGGCGGCGCCGUUCCGGACGAGGACGGCGAGGACGAGGAGACGGUCGACGAUGCCUCUGUGUUUGACUACCUGGGCUACGCGCAGGAACGAGCCUUCUUUUUCCUCGGCGACUGCGUCCAGCUCGGUCUAGUUGUGGCUGAGGACCUGCCGGCCGAUGUCCAGUCCAAGCUCAAGAUUGUUCGUUAUUAA